AUGCUGAAAGGGAUUGCUUUUCUGAGUUUGGUAGCGGAGCUACGGGUGCAGUCUGGGCUGCUGGCCGAGGCCAGCUUCUCCGUUUUUCGAGUACCAGGAGUUGCACCACGAUCACCAAACGACCCCCCCGCAAGAACCAGUUGCGCAAAAUCCACCUCGGUCCAUUGCCUGUUCUGCCUUUUCUUGACGACGGGCGUCCUAGUGCCCGAGACUGUUGCGGGAAACCAUUCGGAAGCAGCGUCGCAGAAUUCGAUAACAGCCGGCGAGGACGAAACGAUCCAGGACUACCUGUGCAUUCUCGUGUGCAACAAGGCAAAGGACGACGACGGCGAGAAGGAAAAGAUGGCUGUGCCUCGAACGGGCAUUCCUCUGGGCGAGUACCGGCGUGAUAUUCCCCCUGGCUGGGGGCUAAGAUUCGCGGUCUACCCGCCGAAGACCUUCGAGAGACUCAAAGUUUGGUGCCGCCCGUACGAUCUGCCGGACGAGAUAGUGGGCCCAUUGGUUGCCAGCAGGCUGCCGGUGAACGAGGUGAGAGACCCGCAGAACCCUCAGGUUAUUUUGCGGCAUCGUAUCCCCAGCGGCAUCCACGCCCUCGGCGACAAGCUCCGAGAAACCUUUGGCCAGAACGAUCAGGAGAUGGCUUCGACAAGCCUCGAAAGCUUCUUCGAACUGAGAAGAGGCCGCUUGUCGCUUCAGGAGUAUGCCGUUGAGUUCGACCUGAGGAUAGAGGAGGCGCAUGAUCGAGCUGGGCUAGAGAUGAAUGAGGUUGCCCUCUUUUGUUUCUUCUUCGAGAAGAGUGGCCUCUCUUCGCGUUUUGUGGAAGAUUGGAAAUUUUGUGUUCAUGGAGAUCUUCGCCGCUACUCAGAAGCUCGCAGCCUUGCACUUCGCCUCAGUACCAAGGUCGAGGGCGAAAGCUUCUACGAAGAUGAUGCGACGUCGGCUGCCCCCUCAGUGGACAGCAGAUCCUGGGAUUACUGGGGUGAGGAAUGGAACGAAGAAAAUGAGGACGCAUGGUCCUCGUGGUACGGCGAGGAGGACAACGGCGACGCGAUGGAGGUGCACGAGGGCGACUGGCCUGAGAAUGAUGAACAUGCCGAAGAGCAGGUCGCUGACGGGGGAAGCCAUGUUCUUUGGUCUCAUCGGGCUAAAGCCAAACGAGUCUCGUACAGUACUUCCAAUCGGCGGCUUGGAGACUGUGUCUCUGGUGACAAUCAGGCUGUCCACUGA